AUGUCAAAGCGCCGCUCCUCACGCGCUGUCGAGGCUGCUGGAGCGCCCUCCAAGCAGCGCCGCGGCGAACCGCUGAUCUGCCUGGUCUGCGGCCUCUACGCAGACGGCAAGGUGGCAGUCGCCUGCAGCCUCCUCAAAGAGCUGAAGGCGGCGUCCGUGCUCGUUGGCGAUCUGGCGGCAAAGCGGGCCGUUUCAAAGAAGGCUGGCGGCGCUUUCGAGGUUGCCGAGUACGCGGCGGAGGCUGCAAAGACGGACCUCCGCGCGCACCUUCGAGACAAGAAGCGCUGCGAGGUGCUGGCGGAGUGCGUGGAGAGCGCCGACGUGAUUGCGCUGAGCCACGCGGAGGCUGCAGACGCGGACGAGCUCGAGAUGCUCGAGGCGAUGCUGCGCGCGCUCAACCCGUCGGCCGCCGUCGUGCGGCACAGCGGCGGGGGUCUGGUGGAGCGCCUCGCAACAUCGGCAUCAGAGGGCCGGGCGCCGGCGGAGCGGGGCGGGUGCUGGGCGGCACUGGUCGCGGCUCGCGGGGUGGCGGGGGAGGAGGGGGAGGGCGCGGAGGGUGGAGGCGAGGAGGAGGAGGAGGAGGAGGAGGAGGAGGAGGAGGAGGACGGCAGCGAGGGCGAGAGCGAGGAGGAGGAGCGAGAGGAGGGCAGCGAGGAGGAUGGCGACAGCACAGGCAGCGAGGGCGGAGAGGGGGGCAGCGAGGAGGAGGGCAGCGAGGAGUGGGUGCCACCGGCGAUGAGCCGCUUCACCUUUUUCGCGAGGCGGCCUUUCCACCCCGGCCGACUCCACAAGCUGCUCAAGCGCGGCCGGCUCGACGGCGUGGUCCGCUCGUGCGGCAUCAUCUGGGUGGCGACGCAUCCCGAGGAUGCAAUCUCGUGGAGCCAGGUGGGGAAUGCGCUGGACCUGUCACCGGGCGAGCCGUGGUUGCACGCGACGCUGCCCGUGGACCAGUGGCCCGCUGCCGUGCCAGCCUGGGCAAGCGCCGCCGAGCACGGCGACCGGAGGAUUGAGCUCGGGAUGGUUGGGAUGGACGCAGACGAGGAGGCCGUGCUCGCGGAGCUGCGCCGCGCGCUCGUGACGAGGGCGGAGUUUGAGCUGGGGGCGGAGGCGUGGCAGGAGUGGGAGGACAAGGUCUCCCCUUCCUCAGCGGCGCAGCGCAAGCAGCGGGACGACUCGACUUCGGACGACGACCAGUCGGCGGAGGAUGACCAGUCGGCGGAGGACGACCAGUCGGCGGACGACGACGUUGCGCCGGCCGUGGACCCGAAGCUUCUCGCGGUGACCGCGGCGCCGCCCUCCGCAGCGCCGACGGACAAGAUCGUCGUCGUCGGCAGCGCCGCCGGCCUCGCCCGAAUCAAGGACGAGGCGGUACAGCUGGCCGUGUGGCGGCGCAGGUCCGUCCCGAAGUUCGUCUCGACGCUCUCGGACCCGACCAUCGCUCCCUCGGGCUUGCCGCGCUUCGAGGGGGUCGUGGCGGCGAGCGGCGCGGCCGACGCGGUGCGGGCAGAGCUGCGCGCGCAGAGGAAGCUCACCCUCCUCCCUGGAGAGGUGGAGGAGCUCGCGCGAGACGUCGGCACGCUUGUGCGCACCUUUGCUCAGCUCACGCAGUCGCAGGACGUCUUUGUCAAGCUCGAGCGCCUCGACGACAACGGGUGCGAGUUCUGGCACCAGGACUCCGUCUCGUACCGUCUUCUGACAACCUACCGCGGCCCUUGCACGGAGUGGGUGCACCCGGACCUCUCCGAGGCGACGCUGCGCCGCCGGCGCGCAGACUCGGCGCAGGCGCAGUCCCUCUGCCACCACGACGUCGCUCUCUUCAAGGGGCGUGGCGAGACCACCCUGGGCGGCAAGCUCCUCGACCACCCCGGCAUCGUGCACCGCGUGGUGCUCGUGCUCGACAUUCCGCGGCCGGCCCACUUUGAGUAG